AUGGGCAGAAAGGUACCAUCGAAACGCUUGCGCAAUGCGAGCCAUGCGGCAUCUCGGUUCUUGGCUGCGGUGAUCUCGGCUUGGUUCAGCUUGGACAUAUUGAACUACAAGGCCAUCGCCAAGGUUGACCGAAAGAAGUCAAAACAAGCUGCACAAGAUCAGCAACGACAUGUCGUCAACGAUACAGGUCCCACAUUGCAAACUGCCAAGAUCAUCGACUCGAAGAUUUCUCAGGCUUCUCCGCCUGUUUUGGCAGGCAAGACCGUAGAUCUCACUCUUUUAACCGUCACCCGCGCCCUUGAUAGUCUAGUCGUCAAUCUUUGUCGUCGCUCUCAUCCAUCACUUGCUAACACAGCAUCCGCCUCGUCAACCUUGACAGCCAUCUCUCGAUAUGCAGACACUUUCGUCUUCGCCCUAAGUUCCGGCACAGUGAUGUGGGCCUGGUUCUACCUUCCCGAUCGCCUGCCCCGAGCUUACAAUAAGUGGAUUGGUGAAGCCGCACAGGUUGAUCACCGCCUCAUUGACGUCCUACGCAAAGCCCAUGCAGGAGAAUUCAUUUACGGUGAAGACACUGGUCAGGCUCAUAUACUACAAGGUAUGUGUAGCGACUAUGGCUGGCCUCUGGCCUGGGGCGAUCCCGUCAAGACGACUCCUAUUCCUUGCGAAAUUGUGCACAUGGGUACCGGCCCAUCUUGUCACUGGCACGCUGCUGUGCGGUUUUCGCGGGCGUUCCAGUUCGCAUUGGCGACGAACCUGCCGCUCCAGCUAUUAGUCAAAGCGAGGAACCCGUCUUUUAGAGCAUUUAGAAGGGCGUGUGAAGAAGCCGUGCGGUCUUCAGCAUUUUUGGGUGCGUUUGUCGGUCUCUUCUAUUAUGGCGUGUGUUUAUCACGCACUCGACUUGGACCUAGGAUCUUCAGCCGAGAGACGAUCACUCCUAUGAUGUGGGACUCAGGCCUCUGUGUCGGAACUGGGUGUGUGCUAUGCGGAUGGUCCACCUUGAUCGAAGCCGAAAAGCGGAGGAUGGAAUUAGCCUUAUUUGUCGCACCCAGGGCGUUGGCUACGCUUUUCCCAAGAGACUAUAAUGCUAAUCACUUUUGGAAAGAGAAGGCGGCAUUCUCUCUAAGCACGGCUGUGCUCUUCACCUUGGCUCAUGAAGAUUCUAGUAGGGUCAGAGGGGUUUUAGGUCGACUGAUUCAUUUAGUACUACAGUAA